GAAAAUUAUAAUCAAAUAUAACAAUUAUCAGUUUAGAACCCACAGCUAUAUAGCCGAUGGUUCACUGGCAAAGAAGGGAGACCUGCUGUACCCGGGAUCGAUUCCCAUUGUAAAAGGUAACCCCACCCUUUUUGUUUUAUUCCUUUUCGAGAAAACACGUUUCUUCCUUUUUCUUUUCAAAUUUCCAGAACAUCUUUCUUCUUCUUUCUUUUUCACACGUUUUUUUUUUCCAAUUUCCAGGACAUCUUUCUUCUUCUUUCUUUUUCAAAACACCUUUCUUCUUCUUUCUUUUUCAAAAAAAAAACAAAAAAAAACAAAUUACAAAGUCAACUAAAAAAAUAUCUAACCAAUAAAUUAUUACUUUUAUCCAAAUCCCAAUAUUUCAAAUCAAAUAUUAAACCAAAACAAAUGAGAAACAAGAAAGCUAGGGUUAAAAAAUUAAAGUUUAUUUCUCCAAUCUCCAAUCUCCAUACCAAAGUCCAGAACCAAAGUGAGGCAAUCAUAUUUCAUCUUCAAUAGCAACAAAGGCAUAAUACCAGUUCAGGUUGAAAUUGUGAAGUGAGAAUCGAUAUGAUCAUAAAAUUUUUCAAGCCUCAAACCACUUCAAAUUCUCCUGCGCUAAGCUCUCCUCCAUGUCCAGCUAUUCACAACGUCGAUGAUGUCAAUCCUUCUAGACCAUCAGGUAAAGACAAGAUGUUGGAUUUGGGUCCUCUUGAAUAUGAUCCUGCUAAAAUAAAACAAAUUUCAGAUUAUUCUCCUAAUCUACGUGAUAGAGUGAAGAGAUAUUACAUUAACAAGGGUCUGUGUAAACCUUGUGAUCUUUUUGUUUUUCCAUUAACAUAUUUUGGUGACAACCCGCGUUCUUUUCAGUCUGAUUGUUUUGACACUUCGUAUUCGGGAUGGUUAGAAUACAGCAUUGAAAAAGAUGCAGCUUUUUGUUCAAAAAUGAGACGGGAGGACAUGGAAAACAAGUAGGUGAUCCUUUCACAGUGGAUGGUUUCAGAAGUUGGAAUAAAGGUUUAGAAAGACUUAAUAAGCAUGUGGGUGAAGUGAAUAGUGUUCAUUAUCGAUGUUUCAAGAUGAUGUUAGAUUUAGAUAAUCAAGCACAAUCUAUUCUAACUUGUUUUGACAAGGAAAAGGAGGAAACUAAAAGCAAAUAUCGGGUUUGCUUGAAUGCUUCGAUUGAUGUUGCAAGGUUUCUUUUAAAAGAAGGAAUGCUUUUUCGAGGCCAUGAUGAAAGUGAAACUUCCGCAAGAAGAGGAAACUUUUUACAUCUCUUAAAGUGGUAUGCGGAUAAGAAUGAAGAUGUGAAACAAAUUGUGUUAGAAAAUGCUCCACAAAAUGACAUCAUGAUUUGUCCAAGUAUCCAAAAAGACAUUGUGAGUUCUUGUGCAAAAGAAACAGUGAAAGAAAUUGUUGAAGACUUAAAUGGGGAUUACUUUGGGAUAUUAGUUGAUGAGUCUAAGGAUGUCUCUCAUAAAGAACACAUGGCUCUUAUUCUGCGGUAUGUCAACAAAGAGGGUAAACUAAUUGAGCGAUUCCUUAGUGUUGUUCAUGUUAAAGAUACAUCUGCACGAUCGUUGAAAGACGCGAUAUAUUCUUUACUUUUAGAACAUAAUUUGAGUUCAUCUCAAAUUCGGGGACAGGGUUAUGAUGGAGCUAGUAACAUGCAGGGAGAAAUCAAUGGUCUUAAAACUUUGAUUAUGAAAGAUUCUCCUUCGGCAUAUUGCACACAUUGCUUUGCUCAUCAAUUACAAUUGACUCUUGUAGCUGUUGCAAAGAAGCAUCAUGAGGUAGAUCAAUUUUUUGAUAUUCUUGCUAAUGUUUUAAAUGUUAUUGGAGGUUCUUUUAAGCGUAGGGAGAUGCUUAGAGAUGAUCAAGCAGAAAAAUUAAAGGAGAUACUAGUGCUCGGUGAAGUUCAUACAGGAAGUGGAUUGAAUCAAGAACUUGGACUUCAAAGGGUAGGGGAUACACGUUGGAGUUCUCAUUUUAAGACAGUGCGUAACUUUAUUAGUUUAUUCUCCUCAAUUAUUCUUGUACUUGGAGUUCUUGCUAAGGAGGGUUCAAAUUAUCAAGAGAGAUCACUAGCAAAAAGUUUAGUAGAUGACAUAAGAUCUUAUGAUUUUGUGUAUACAUUGCAUUUGAUGUUGAAAGUGUUGGCAAUUACACAUGAUUUGAAUAUGGCCUUGCAAGGGGCUGGCUAA